AGCGUCCCACCUUGGAAAUCACAGUCAUCCACAACACUUCAAGUCUCUCCAUACUCGUUAAUGAUAAACAGGUGGAGGAAAUGGGCGUUGGCAGCGUGGCGGGAUGGGGUGGCGUGCACGUGGUGGUCCUGCACCCAGCGAGCGGCGCCCUGCUGGCCUCCCGCUCGUUGCCCACCGCCAACCCCUCUGAGGCGCGGGUCCUGUCACGCUUCCUUGCCUCGCUGCAGCCUGGACGCAUCCUGGUCCUGGCGGUGCUGCACACCUGCCCCAUUUUGUCAACACCUAUCCUUCCUCCUUCCCCCUCCAAGGCAGACGGCGCGCUCUACCUCUCCCCAGCAGAGGACACCCUGAGAAGUUUGGGUUUCCGGGCGGUGGUCGAGGCGUUGGGGGUCGGGGAGGCGUGGGUUGGAGUGACGGAUGGGCGACUGGCGCGAGAGGUGGUGCUGCCCUCCCCGCCACCCUCCUCCUAUACACUCCUGACGCAGCCACAGCAGGGUAGAGCAGUCGCCGUCACUCAGAUUUUCCUAGCCAAACCUGGAGUGAGGUGUCCUUGGCACAGGCGUCCUGAGAUGCGGGCCCAACGGGAAUUCUGCGACAUUUACGAGGGUUUCUCUGAGUUGUGUCGCUGCAGGGAUCCGUUGACACCCUCCCUGGCUCGUGCUGCUGCUCACACACACACACACACAUGCAGACCGUCAUCCACCUUCUCUACUUCCUUAACCUUCGUCGCCUCCCUCACCAGGACUCUCCUCCAGCUGCUGCAGAUGCCCGGCGGUGGACAGACGCCCUUCCUGGUGGCGCUAGAGGGUGAGAGCGCCGCCACCAGGGACCUUGCAGAACUCUUUGGCGUCCCCUGCAGCCAGAUUCAACCACACCAGCACCACCAUAACAGUACUAGGGACCACCACCACCGCCACAACCACCAGUACGACCCUCAGCUUCAGGCCGCCACUCAGGUGAUCGCAGACGUGACUCGCCACGCCCUCACCUUUGCCUUCACCACCUUCCCACAAGCCAGGAAAGUGAUAUUCCUCGAGGAUGAUUUCUUCUUCUUCUUCUUCUUCUUCUUCUUCUUCUUCUUCUUCUUCUUCUUCUUCUUCUUCUUCUUCUUCUUCUUCUUCUGUCUUUACCACGAUCUCUAUUUCUUCCUUACCCAGUAUACGUCCUCCAUUCCUGCUAACCUACUCAUCACCACCAUCCUCUGCUCACUCUUCAGGUUCUUCCAGCAGACGGCGGCGUUGCUGGACGAGGACCCCACUCUGCUGGCCGUCACUGCCCACAACACCUACUCCGUGGCGGGACAUGGCCUGGACCCCACGCGCCUGCUGAGAGGUGCCAUGCCUCCUCAGUGGGGCUGGAUGGCCGACAGGAGGCUGCUGGAGGCGUGGGUGCCGGAGAACUGGGGUGACUGGGACUACUGGGUGCUGGCGUGGUCUCGCGCUAAGGGCCUGGACGUGGUGUUCCCUGAGCUGUCUCGUUCCCUCCACGCGGGCAGCGGCGGCACUCACAUAGACGGCUUUCACCAGGGUAUUGCUUUCGACCACCAGGCUGCCUUCCUCCCAGAACCCACGCCACCUGCCACACCUUCACGCAACGCCCUUCCCACUCCUAGUUCAGCCCGUGUAAAGGGUCCUCACACACCCACACGAGCUCCCUUUAUGACUACUACAAGACCUCCGAUUGCCGCGCCCACCAACUACCCGCCUCAUCUUAUCAACCUCACUGAUGUUAGCGGGAUUUUUAUGCCACUCACUGAUCCCCCUCACCUGCGUCUAUUUCACAUUGGCAGCGUGGUGAAGGAGAAAUACUCGGCGCGACUUCGUAGUGACUUGGCAAAGGCUGUUCCGAUCACCAUGAAUACCAUUGACCGCUGUGGCCCCGCUCUCAUCCCCCAGGACCAGUGCUUGGGUCUGUACGCCGAGGAUCCACGCUGUGACUUCGAGCACGUGCAGCAGCUUGCUCUUGGUGGACACAGACUCUUCUUAGUGGACUGCCCAGCUUCUCCACACUGCAUCCACCAGCCCCUAAACUACCUUGCUGUGCCUCACGACGACCUUCUGAUGGAAGCCGUGGCGGCUCUUGACCUCUUCCGUCGUGGUAACGAACUCCGGACUCCCUUCAGAGUGCGCCGCGAAUCCCGAAGUGUUGUAGAGGAGGCCACCUUAGGGAACGUAGCUACUGGGUACGCGGUGCUGGGCAUCGACUUGGACUCUCUCUUACUAAAUAAGGCUGUGGUGCUGCCCCGCCAAGUGAAAGAUAAGGAUGGGGUGGGCAAGGAGGAACAGAGCGACCAACACAAAGGCCUAACUAUAUCAACAAACCCACGGGAAGGCGCUGUGGGAGAAAUGCAUUCUGAAUCAACUGCAUAUCUCAGACAGGUGCAGCCACCCCUUGCUGGGCCCCGGAAUUCCCGGCAGCUGCAGCAGGGCGGGGCUGUGGCCGGUGCCGGGAUGGGUGGGCGCGGAUCUGUACCCUCUCUCUUACAGCCUUACAGUGAGAGGAGGGUGCUGGCGAGGGGGAGCGGAAGAGUCACAGCCGAAGCAAUGAGAGAGGAGAGUGAUGACAAGCCGAUCAAGGAAGGGCAUUACACUUCCUGUGUCCUCCCCCCGUGCCUCGUGUUUGACCCCCUUGUACACCCCAACACGCUGCCCCCACACCUGCAACCCGCCGCACUCCUCGCCCUGCGGGAAGCCGGCGCCAUACGCCACCCGGUCUCUGAAUUCACGGUGCCGGACUAUUUCAAGAAUGAUAAACUCUUCGUCGCCUUCCACAGGUACUACUGACGGAGUUGUGUGUAAGUCUUGAUUUGGACUUUGAACUGUGAAUAAAACGGGCUUUGCAUACACACACACACACACACACACACACACACACAC